AUGGGGCGCAGGCGGCGGCGGGCGCGGGCCGGGCGGGCGCUGGGGCUGGCGGGGGCCGCCGUGGGGCUGGCCGGGCUGGGGCUGGUGCUGGCGGCCUGGGCCUGGGCCCGGAGCCCCCCGAGGGAGCUGCCGGAGGAGAUGCCGGGCGCGCUGGAGCUGCUGGCGCCUGCUAUUGGACGCAGCCCCCAGGGCUGGUUCCAGCACCACCUGGACCAAGGGGCAGCGCCGCGUGAGAGGAGAUCGGCAGCGUCCAAGGGGAAGAAGCCUUGCAAGAAACCUGUUGCUGCGCACUAUAAAGUGCAAUUGCCAAAGGACCCAGCUGGGAUCAACUCAGGUAAUUCUAGGAGGGGCUGUGUGAAGCCAGUGACUCCACCUGCGGGCCGGGAGGGGGUGCAUUUCAACGAGGGGCGGACGGUGUACAUCAAGCUGGACGUGCUGGUGGACGGGGUGCUGGCCCUGCGGUGCCUGGAGCAGUUCCCCCCGACCAGCGCCGGCCCGCAGGACCCCGAGCUGCACGUGUGCCAGGUCUCUGGGCUCCUGCUCCUCCAGAAACAAUCCGUCCUGCGCCUCCGCACCCUCCGCGACGUGCGGCUCAAGGCCGAGCCAUAUCUCACCUUCUUCGGGCUCUUCCAGGUGCACUGA